GUCCGUGUAGUCGAGUUGUCCGCCUCCCGUUUGUAUAGCUAACCCCUGAUCGUAGAAAGUUAAUUUGAUGUUUAGCGUGUAGAAUAAAUGCCAAUGCACCUACGGUGAAAAAAUCAACGGAUUUUAUAGUGGUUUGAAUGAAAUCGUCCGCAGACUGGCUGUACCACCCUGGUACUGUGGUAAACUAACAGCUAGUUUGGGGCAACAUUCAAUUUACUUACCAGACUAUAUCCAGAUAUUUAUGCAAUCAACAUAUAUAGCGGUACCGGUACCGUAACACCGGUUGCAUUAUAAGCGUUAAACAUAUCUUGUUUUAGCAGAGGUUAGAUUAAAGAAUUUUGUCGAAUUUAUUUACAAUCCAUAAUACUGUAAUAUUGCUGACUGUGGUAGCUAUGUCACUAUCGGUACCUGAUGCCUGAUGGGGUAAACUAUAGAAAUACUUUGAAAUACGGAGCAACAGCAGUAUUUAGAAUUCCUGUGACAAAUUCACUACCGGUACCGGUAUUAUAUCUGUAUAUUGAACAUUGAUAUAGCUACGGUACUGACAUAGUACCGGUACCGUACUGUAGUAGCAUUAUUCAUUACAUCAUUAGUAGGUCUGUAGGUACGGUAGCCUAAAACAAUUAUCUUGUUUGAAAUAGCACUAUCCCUGUAUCCCAACUGGCAGACUGGUCACAUUCCAUUACUGUGGACUGUGGUUGGCUAUAAUAUAAUUUCAGAUCAACUCCAAUGUCAGAAUGUGGCGAAAAGAUUAAAAGAUGAUAAUUCUUACUACAGUACUAUGCCACAGGUUGAAUGUAAUUGAAAGUGAUAACGUAUGUCUACUUAAUUUUGCUCUCUUUCCACUGCCUGACUGUUUUAUCACAAUAUCAUUUAUAGCUAAGUACCGGUACCGGUAGCCUAUUUCUUUUUUAGCGUGUUAAUAAAAUAAUUCAUAUUGACUAUAUACAGAUAUAUAUAAAUAUAACUGUUCCAUUGUGCUUCGCAAUCUCCAGAGUAAGAUCAGUACUAGUUUUAUUUGUUUGUGUGGACAUUUCCAACUAUUACAGUAUUGCCCGUGACAGAAAAUGGAUGACUCUCUACUUGAAGUUGAAGAUAGUCAAGAAACUCCUGUUCGACAUGCAGUUCAGAUCAGACACUACUCACACGAUACAGAUUCAGAAACUGAAGAUGCUGUUAUCAGUGACUAUGAUAGUGAAUUUGUGCCUCUGUCUUCCACAUCUUCAAAUUCGCCAUAUGAUCUACUAAUGGUCAUUUCCGAUAGAUCAAGGAAAGGGAAAUCCCGUAAGCAAAGAAAUGAAGAAUUGAAAAAAAAAAAAAAAAAGCCGAAGCGUCCUUGCUUAUAUUGUGGGAAACUACGAAGCCAGUUAACACGUCAUUUGAGAAUGCGUCAUAAACAUGAGGAAAGGGUAAAAUUGGCAAUGUCUUUGCCAAAACAUUUACAAGCCUUUGAAUUUGAGAAAAUGCGAAAGGAUGGUAUGUUUGGGCAUAAUAUGAAGAUGUUGAAGGGAAAAAAAACCUUAUUGUGUGAAAGAGGCCAGAUGGAAGAUGGAGUCAAAAUAUGUACUCAGUGUAAAGCUUUUGUGCGCAGAAGAUAUUUUUUUAGUCAUUCAAAAAAUUUUGGGAAAAAAAAUGGUAUACAGGGAACAAAGGGGUUAGCUGCAACAUUGAUUAAUAAUGAUACAGAUGGGUUGGAAUUCACUGAUUUGCUAUCGAGGUUCAGCGGAUAGGAUUGGUAAAUUCUGUCAGGAAAAUGAUGUAAUUAAACUGAUUGGAAGAAGCCAGUUCAAUAAACAUAAGCGAAAAAAAGACAAACUGGCUGAAUCUCGAAAGGCAGUUAUGUGUAAAAUGCGUACACUUGCUAAUCUAUACUUCCAUUUUAUAUCUUUUACAAAUGAUAAAACUCUGUCAAUUGAAGAGAUGUUUCGCAGGCAGAAUUUCCCUGCUUUAGAAGAGGCUAUACAAUCAAUGACAACCCAUGAAGAUGGAACACUUAAGGCUGGUCUUGAAGUGAGUGUAGGAAAUUUGCUCAAAUUGUCUGCGAAGGUCGUCAAGGGAAGUUAUUUAAUUUGUGAUGUUGAUUCUAGCGCAGAUUUAAUCGACAAGUUUGUUGGCGUACUUGAACUAAAAUGGAUCAGCAUAUUUGGCGAUGCUGAGUAUUUACUGCUGCAAAACCGCAACCAUAAGCAAAGAGAUCCUGGUAAAUUACCAGACGAAGACGCUGUGAAAAAAAUACGAAACUACACUGUAGAUAAAUUGCAACAGAUUGUGAAUAAUCAGUAUGAUUUUUUUUGUCCAGAAACAUUUGUAUUUAUUCGGGACCUCACAGUCUGUAGACUCACUCUUUUUAAUGCUCGACGAGGGGGUGAGCCAUGUAGACUCCAAAUGAGCGAUUGGUGUGAUGCCAAAACGGAGAAAUGGAUUGACUCUCAAAGAGCCAAAUAUGUUAAUGACGCUGAGAAAAAACUUCUUAGUACAUUUAAAAUAAUGUACCAAGGAGGAAAAGGCACCAACCGUAUGGUACCUGUUUUGGUGCCACCCGAUUGUGAUUCAGCAUUAGAUAUGCUUGCAAACUCCGAAAUUCGAAAGGAUUCUGACAUCAAUAUUCGAAACAUGUUCCUUUUCCCAAAACAAUCCCUAGAUCAUUGUAGCGGAUGGCAUAGUGUGAAAAAUGUAGUUGAUGCUGCUGGAGUAAAUUCACAUAUCACAGCCACAGCAAUGCGCCAUCGAGCUUCAACUUUAUAUGCCAGCUUGGAAAUACCGGAAGAUCAACGCCUAGCGUUUUUUAAGCACAUGGGACACACAGAAGAUAUCAAUAAGAAUGUAUACCAGUGUCCACUCGGUAUACAAGAGGUUACGAAAGUUGGGAGUUACUUUGCAUCAUUGGAUGGCAUGCAAGUCAAAGGGACGGAAGAGCCAGACAUAACAGGAGAUUUAGAAGAAGGAAAGAGUGUAGAAGGAGAAUCAUCUGCGGUAUCACAAACGCCGGGUGUUGAAGAUGACAGUAUGCCAUCAGGAUUGGGAUUGAAUACUGAAUUUGAGAUGUGUCAUGAUAUGCCAAGUACUUCAACUAAGCGCAGAAAACGACGAUAUGUUAGAUGGUCGAGCAGUGACACUGCAGCUUCGUUAACUCAUUUCAAGUCUUGUAUUGAAGACACUUCUGGUGAAAAUAAUACCGGUAGCUUACCAGGUUACAAAGACAUUGAAGAAUUUCUCCAAAAGGAGAAUAUACUGUCAGGCGUUAAAGACAGGAAAAGUAAAUUGAGAAUAAUUCAUGCAAAGCUAUUCAAUGAGAGAAAGAAAUUCAGAAAGGACUUUGGGAAAAGGCUUGCAAAUUUAAAUUAGACAUCAGUGGCAGCAAAUUUAUCAGAAAAACAGCUGACAGCAUUAGAUUGCAUCAAAAACAGAUUUCUUUGCUCAAAAUACAAUAUUGAGCAAAUACAUUUAUUCUAAUUAAAAUACUGACAGCAUUAACUUAAUUAAAAUGCUAACAUAAUUUUGGAUUUGCCAGUAGAAUUACAGAAUGGAUUAUUCGAGGGGGAGGUUUAUGUAUUUGAUUUCAUAAAUAUACAUUCAUCAUAAUUUUUGUGGAACUUAGCUUUCCGUGAAUAAAAACCUCUUCGAUAGUUGUGAAAAACAAGUAUCAUGACUGAAAACAAAAAAGCGUUUUACACUCCAUGAUGGUGGUUCUCAAAAUUUUUAAGAUGAGCCCCCUUUUUAGAAUUUUCAAGUUUUGCAACCCACCUUAAAAAUAAUUGUAGCUAAAAUAAGCUAUGAAUAACAGAUAGUAAGGCGUAUGUAUGUUUUAUUCACAGCAUGUGUGGAUGGAACAUAUAUAUUCAAAAUAAGGCGGGCAAAUUCAAAUCUCGCAUAUUUAUUCAAUUAAGCUUUAUACCCCCCUCAAAAAUUGUCAAAGACCGCCAAUUCCCAACCCCCAUCGUUUGAAAACCACUUCUCUAUUAUAUCAUGUUCCGGUGGAAUACUUAAAUUAUAUCGAUUAUGUAACAUUUCUUAAUUUAGUUUUAUAAUAUUUUUGUAAAAUCAUGUCCAAACAUCGGACCCGUGGCCGUGUCAGUAAUUUUUUUUCAUAUCUUUAUAUGCGAAUUUCGUUGACGAAUUAACUUAUGUGUGACGAGUUCUACUCGCUUACUUAUUUUUAUUAAUAAAUUUGUAAUUUCAUUUUAUAGUAUUUCUGUAAAAUAAUGUCCAAACAUCGGACCUGUGUCAAUAUUUUUUCCAUCUCUUUGUAUGCGAAUUCCGUUGACAAGUUAAAUUGUUUGACGAGGUCUACUCGCUUACUUGUCCGUUUCGUUUUGGCA